UUUACUAAUAGAUACUUUGGUCAGACAUUAAGCUCGUUGUGUUAAUAUACUGGAAGACGAUUUUUAUCAAUAGUUUUUUUCUUUCGUGGUAAGCUUUAGAUAAAGUUCCUGAUACAGAAUCAAAUCCAGAAGUCGACAAUAAAGACCAUUAAAAUCAAUACUAUUAAGUCUUUUACCUGAUUAUUUCACAACCAAUAACAAUAAAACAUCAUGGAACAAGUUAGAUUUAAUGCAAAAUUUAGUCUAGAGAAAGGACAAAGACAUUGUCAUAUCGACCAAAUAACCACAGAUAUAAUCAAGACGUCGGUAUAUUGAUGGCGGGGCGCCUCAUAAAACAUUGUAAAUAAAAUAUCCGGCUGGCAUCAUGGGCUAAUCUCACUAUCUAUGAAUUUGUUUCUUGGCUCUUGAAAAACAACUUUAUUGAGUUUCCCUAGAUAUUACUGAUUUAUGGCAGAAGAUGAGUCGAUAGUCUACGAUUAGACGUUACAGGGAAAAAGAAGGAAAAGCAUUUUGGAUGUUAAGGCGUCACGAAUCACACCCAUGAAUGGAUAAAAUAUGAUUUUUAAAUUAUUAGUUUGGAUCUAUAUUGCUGGAAUUGCUGUUGUGUCGGCAGUAGGACAUUUAGGACCUGAAGGAUGUGAGAGGGGUUGGCAACACUUCAAAGAUUACUGUUACCUAGCUGUGGACGCGCACAUACACUUUGAUUCCGCCAAAGCUAUAUGUUUGAUUAAAGAGGCAACACUGACGUCUUUGUGGAGACAUGAUGAGAUAAAGUUUGUUACUAAUUUGCUGAUCAAUUUAAAUGCCAUCAAACCUUAUACCAGUACAUGGAUCGGCACUGGAGUUAUACGAAAUAGGUGGGUGUGGUUGGAUGGAUCAGGUAGUCUCGAUAACUUAUUCAAAGGUACUAAAUUGCCAGAAGCGUCCAAAGAAGUUUGUGGAUAUUUGACGUCAGAGGGUUCCCUUGAAUUUAUUGAUUGCGAUGUAACAGCACCAGUGUUCAUCUGCAAGAAACCUCUUGACAAGAUCUACGUACCGAGUACGUUCAACAUUUCAAAAGAUGGUAUUGUUCUUCCUGAGCACGAUCCUGAUGAUAUUAUUUACGAGCGUCUUUGGCCACCAUUUUCAGAUCGAAUCAUACUUAAUAUGACAUCGCCUAAUUAUAUAGCGACAGUAGAAAUUGCGCACGAAACCGACUGCGCAUACCGUUGUUAUACAGUUGAUGAAUGUCGAGCAUUUGCAGUCGCGUGUAAAUCGGCAAGAAAAUGCAGCAUGCGUUUUUGCAGGCUCUUGUCAGGUCUAGAUGUCAGGUGAUUCCGUGUCAAAAUGUCAAACGAAAUAUCCGUCCAUAUUAAAUGGGACUGAGAAAAGGGUAAACUUUUGUUCUUGGAAGAAAAAUACACAUUUUAAAAGGAAAUAUUUGAAUAAAGCCAGAUUUGAAAAUAAAAUUUCGCUUAUGCACUGUAUGGCUGUCGUAAAAAUGUCUCCCAGCGCCACUCAAAGUCAAAUUUUAUUAUUAAUGUUUAUCCCUUACGAGUCUGACACAACGAGGAUCACGGUUAUACCCGACAUCAGCAUUACUUUUAGAGGUGCUUGUGGCUGUAACCCAAAUGGUGCAGAGGUCAGAUUUAUUGUUGCUAGGCAAUCUUGCUAAUACGUGUUCGAUUAUUGGUUACAACUAGGAUAAAGAAAAAUAUAUUUCUACAUAUUACAAGCAACAGAGGGGAAAACGAACAUUCAAUUGACGAUCUAAAUGUGAACAGAAAAAUGAAACAAUUGUCCGUCCAAAGCAAUUUUUGAUGUUGGUGAUACAUUAGUUAAAAACCGAAUGGAAAACACUAGAAAAUUCGGAUUAGAUACAGAGAAUGACUCAAAUAAAAUCCCUAACAUUUUGCUCAAAGGGAACCAAUAAGAAAACCGUGUAUAUUGUCUGAACAAUACAAAAAACUGUGAGGAAGAACAAGUAAAAAUCUUAUGCGAGAUAUUCCCACGUUACUUCAGUCUUUGAAUCAGGGGAACUCGUUGCGUGUGAAGAUCCUGCGUGGAAUGACUCCGAUAUCCAGAUGCUGCCUGACCUUGUGAUCCGGGUGCUGAAUGCACUCCUGAUUCAUCUACAACCUGGCUUUGUAAUCCUCAUGAGAAUUUUACUCUUGAUUCCGCCCAUGGCCGAUUAUUGGAUGAAGUCAGUGGUAACCAGAUGAAGACGUCGAAAAGACUCAUGUAGCUGUCUUGCGAGCUAAGCUUUGGCUGAUCUUGGACGAGACCCAGUUGUUGUUCAGAUUCGUCGAUUUCAUCAUCGUCUUCAAUAACAAUUGCUUUACUACCA